AGCAGCUCAGUCGACGUUCGACGCCACAGCAGACAGCAGGCAGCAGACAGCAGGCGGCGGCGCAGCUCACCACAGAGCAGGACUUCGCUGUGCCACUGUGAGACUGACAUCGCCAUCCCAACGCUCCCGAUUGAAUCGUUGAUACCAAGAUACUACAGGAAACAUGCCAAUCCUAGACAGAUGCUGCUUUUGUGGCUCCCUUAAGUGGGGAACCAUCAUCACAGGGCUACUUGGCAUUAUUCUUGCAAUUGCUACACUUAUCUUUGUUCUUGUUACAAAUGUGAAGAUGCAGACAAUUGUGAUUGACACAUUGCCACCUCUAAUUGUGAAAAUUAUACUAGCCAUAAACCUUGUGAUGACAGUUCUCAUCUCAGGACUACUUGUUAUUGGAGCAAUCAGACGCAGCAAGUACAUGAUGUUGCCAUUUGUUGUCCUUGGAAUAAUGCUGGCAAUUGGAUUGUUCAUCUCAAUAAUAUACACAUCUGUUACAAAUUUCAUAAAGGGAAAGGAAUUAUUAGGAAGCAUUUGGUUGGUUGGUGGCCUUAUCAGUGUUGCAAUAUAUGUGUACCUUUGGCUGGUAGUGUUCAGUUACUAUCAGCUUGUCCAAGAGGAAGGUGGACGUGGUCCCUACACGAAGUCAACUUAUAGACGAUGAAUGACAUGAAAUUCAAACAAUCAUCAGAACAUUCAUGAAUUUGUUGAAGACUCAUAAAAAUUGUGCAUGUUGUAAUUUUUAAGUUCUCUGUUUUUGUUGAUUAAUGUUUAUUUAUUUUUAUUGUGCCUCGACAGUUGUAAGCUUACAUACUUUUAAAGUUGUUUGCCCAAGAACAUCAUUUUCAUUAGUUGUCAAUGUCAUGGAAGAAUGUGUGUUUCUAGCCUGCUUAUUUGUGAAUCAGUUAUCAAAGCUAACUUUAAAUUGCCUAAAUCUUGCUUUAGGCUCUAUUACAUACAUACAUUAUCUGCAUCAUAUGCUGAAAAUCAGUGUAGGCCUUAAGGAAGCAGGAUCAAGAGUUAUUUCACUGGAAUGUCUAAAACUCAGUCUUGCCUAUAUGAAAUUUGUAAUCUGUGUGUAAUAUUUAUGUAUUACUCAUUAUUGAUGUAUAUUUAGAGAUAGAUAUCCAUUAUUAUUUCAUAUUUUUAAUAAAAAUUGUGACAUUUUUGUAUAUAUUGUUAUAAGAUAUGUAAAUAAAAUUUAUUAAAAAAUUGUAA